CCGGAAUCGCCGGGGUCUCGGCCACGCCCCCAGGCUGUUCCUGUGGACGCUGGCUGACAGUGCUCACCGGCUGUGGUGCUCUAGUCCCGACCUUCAUUCUGAGGAGCGUCCCCAGGGCAGGACUGUGGGGCCUGCAGGCGCUGUGGCGACCUCUUGGGAGCGCGGAGCCUCCCGGGCGCGGGUGUCUUCCCUCUGCGCCGCCCCCUUAGUUGCCCGCCGUCCUGCCUGCGCAGUCUCCGGGUGCGGGACGCUCCCCUGGCAGCCCGGCGAGCAGGGCCGAGCCUCUGCGUUUGGUUCGCGGCGUGGCUUUUUGCAACGUUUGAACUUUGGGUUCUCGAAGAGGACUCGUUUGUUUUUGUUGUUAGUUUUUGGUUUCCUUUCCAACAUGGCAGCCUCCACUCGCGCACAAGUGUUAGAUCUGUACCGGGCGAUGCUGAGAGAGAGCAAGCAUUUCAGCGCCUACAAUUACAGAAUGUAUGCUGUCAGGAGGAUAAGAGAUGCCUUCCGAGAAAAUAAGAAUGUAAAGGAUCCUGUAGAAAUUCAAGCCCUAGUGAAUAAAGCGAAAAGAGACCUUGAAAUAAUCCGUCGACAGGUCCAUAUUGGCCAACUGUAUUCCACUGACAGACUUAUCAUUGAGAAUCAAGAGAAGCCCAGGACCUAGGAGUUGGGGACUAGGAACCAGCCCACCAGCAGCAGUGUUGACCACCUUCAGCAUCCAUUCUGUGUGGAGUAGAGCCCUCCAACACUGGGUGAACAUGGCCUCUUGCUCUGCCUGCCCUGUAGGAGCUGAUAAACUGAGUCACAUUUCCAUUCUGUUUCGGCCAUAAUAUGAAGAGAUGGCUGUCCAUCCUCAAUUCAAGUGUUAGAAUGAAGAGCUGGAGGUCACUCAGAAUAAUGCUAUGUAUUAUCAUGUCUCCACCCCACCCCAUCUUACAGCUCACCCAAAUUUGUGUAGUCUUUACAGACUGGUUUUUGGUCCUUAACAGUAAACAGAAUCAUCUCCCUAUCCUUUUAUACCAAAUAAACUCAUUACAAUGAA